UUUGACAGAAUCUUUCAUCCCCAUGACAACAGAAAAACCAAUGAAGGAACCAACCAAACCAACGGAAAUUAGCACUGCAGGAAUAGAUAAUACCUCACCAGCAACAUCAGUAACACCAGAUAUCGAUGAUACGGUGGAAGUGAUAGCUGGAGCCUCACCAGGUUCUUCUCCAGUUGGAGAUUGUGGUGGACGCUUGUUCAUAGCACACAAAAAUGACUGUUCCAAGUAUUUUCUCUGCAACUUUGGACAUCUCUCGGAGAAUUCCUGUCCCAGUGGUUUGCUCUGGAACCAAGAUCGAUGCGACUGGCCUGAAAAUACCAAGUGUCAGCAUAAUAAAUACGAGAGAGAAGGGGAGGAAUUUUACGAUUCUAUCCAGAUUGAUGCAUUUGAACCAAGUAGGGCUAUAAAGGAAGAUAGCGUUGAAAAAAGAGAUAUAAAAUUGCAUGGAGAGUUUGUAAUCUAAAAGACUGCACAAAAGAAAAUUUGUAAAAUAUUUCUACUUUUACGAUACAAAUAAUUAUAAGCUCGAGAUUAUGACAAACUAUGUGCUACACAAGGUAUAUAUUAUUAGUAUACUUGACAAUUUGCUUCACCUUAAGGAAGCAAAUAUUUUUUAAUGUGUUAUUACAAAUCUAGUUUAAGUUCUUCAAUGUAAAAUAAGCACGAAAACCUUAAAUGUGAUAUAAAACGUAAAAUUGAUUUUUUUUUACUAUUAAGCAUAAAAUAUUAAACGUUUAGCGCAUGAAACUCAAACAGUAAUGUAUUAUGUAUCAUAUUAUUUGUCAUGCUCAACAAUAAAUUGCUGUUUUUAUGUUAAA